CAAACCUGCUCGGAGGCAGCAAAAAGACGGCAAAGCGGUCGCUAUAAGGCAACAUCCACGCUCGAUCGACGCCUGACACGUCCGCAGCGGGCAGCCCUUUCACGUCCGGCAGCACGCCAUGUCCAUGCAGUGGAAAUGAGUGCCGCACUCGGAGCCGCCGUCGACGAGCCCGCGACGCCGCCGCCGCCGGGUAUGCCAGCGGGAGAGGAAGAGACCCAAGCAGCGCCACGGCCGAAACCGUACGCGGAUGCCAAGGGCGUGUUCGCGAAGCUGAUCAAACUGCUGCCCCUCGCCACCGACGACGAGGUGGCGACCUUCGAGCGACGCGCCCGUCGGUUCACGCGUAGGCUCGGGCCGCUGUCGCUCGGGCGGCUCGUCGACGACCGGCAGCGGCCGAUCCUGUGGUACGCGUGCGAUCACUGUGUGGAAAUCAAAAUUUUAAGACGUGCGUCGUCCUCCACGCCAUCGACGCGACGCCUGCUCGAUGGCGUGGCGAUGCCGGUUCCUCGCCGCUCGACCGAGCCAGGUCGGGUGCACCCGACACACUGGUUGAUUUCCACACAGGUGCGACAGCGGCGACCACGCCGCGCUGGAGAUACUGCUCGACCAGGGCUGCGCGCUGUCGGCGUUCGUGCCGACUGAAGAGGGACCGUCGCCCUACGAGCACGCGCAUCGGUUGGGCCACGCGCUGUGUGGAAAUCAACCAGUGCGUCGGGUGCGAUUCAGCACGAACGCGCCGUAAAAUUUUGAUUUCCACACAGGCCACGCGCGAAUCGCGGAAACGCUCAAGGGCUGGGCGCAUCGAGAACUGGCGGACGUCAUGGACGACGGGCCCGCGGCGCAACGCGCGCGGCACGAGGAGGCGAGAGCUCUUCUGCGCCGGCCGAAGCGCCGCGACGACUCGCUCGCGGCGGUGUGCGGGGGCGGGUGGGCAUGUUAAGUUUGUGUUUUGUUA